ACAAGUUUGUCAACAGCAACGGAGAACGCGAGAUCCUUCCGAAUCCGCUUCCGAAUCCGCAUCAUUCCGUGUUUCCUCAUCUGGAUAUCAGUGGUGCGCUUCGCAGGAUUUGCGCGCAAGUGUUUUUCCCAGACGCUGACUUUCUGGGGACGCGACACAGCAUCAUUUCAACAGCCGCAGAGAUACCUGCUCUUUGCGGAGAGCAUUCCCGUCCGGACCACUACAGAACCGUCCCGCCUGGCGCGCACGCUCCACUGUUCCUCAAGUGGGGGAGAGUAAGGAGGCAGAUUAUGGCCGCCUUAACAGGGGGCAUUACUAGGAUGAUGCGCCCCACGCCACCCCAGAACUACCCGCGAGGGAGCUACUCUUUGGAGGUCUCCACACCGUUAGGACAGGGUCGCGUGAAUCAGCUUGGCGGAGUCUUCAUUAACGGCCGUCCUCUGCCCAACCACAUCCGCCACAAGAUAGUGGAGAUGGCGCAUCACGGGAUCCGGCCGUGUGUCAUCUCCCGGCAGCUGCGCGUGUCCCACGGUUGCGUGUCCAAGAUUCUGUGCAGGUACCAGGAGACGGGGUCCAUCCGCCCCGGCGCUAUAGGUGGCAGCAAGCCGAAGCAAAACACAAAUCCGGACUUGGACAGGAAAAUCGAGGAGUACAAGCGAGAGAACCCGGGGAUGUUCAGUUGGGAGAUCCGUGACAAGCUCCUGAAAGACGGCAUCUGCGAUAGAAAUAACGUGCCCUCAGUGAGUUCCAUCAGCCGUAUAAUGCGAUGCAAGUUUGGCGGAAAUGGAGACGAUGACGAUGACGACGACGAGAUAGAGAAACGGGAGCUGGAAGAAAAUGAACGGCGCGCCAAGCACAGCAUCGACGGUAUUCUCGGUGACAGAUCGAGUCAUUCUGAUGAAGGCUCCGACGUGGACUCAGAACCCGGACUGCCUCUCAAGAGGAAACAGCGGCGCAGUCGAACGACGUUCACUGCAGAGCAGCUGGAGGAGCUAGAGAGAGCGUUUGAGCGUACACACUACCCCGACAUUUACACGCGAGAGGAGCUCGCGCAGAGGGCCAAGCUCACCGAGGCCAGAGUGCAGGUUUGGUUCAGUAAUAGGCGGGCCCGAUGGAGGAAGCAGGCAGGAGCCAAUCAGCUGAUGGCGUUUAAUCACCUGAUCCCGGGAGGGUUCCCGCCAUCAGCUAUGUCAAGCCUGCAGCCGUAUCAGAUACCAGAGAGUCCCUAUCCCACCGCCUCCAUACCACAAGCAGUGUCUGAACAGCCCAACACAGUACACCGACCCCAACCCCUCCCACCCACCACGGUGCACCAGAGUGGGCUUGGUGCCGCUCCGGGCUCCCAGGACGGAGGCGCGUCUUACUGUCUGUCUUCCAGUCGCUGUGGUUUCUCGGGCUACUCUGAUGGCUUUGUGGCCCCGCCCACCCAUUCCAGUCCAGUCAACCCGAGCGUCACCAACGGCUUGCCGUCCCAGGUUAUGGGUCUGUUGAACCCUGGCGCAGUGCCCCAUCAGCCCCAGGCAGACUUUGCGAUCUCUCCGUUGGCGGGAGCUCUGGACCCUGGGGCAUCUAUGGCUGCAGGCUGCCACUCUGCCCAGAGACUGGAGCCUCUGUCGGGGUUGUCCAGCAUGCCGUCCCUGUCCAGCUCCCAGUCCUAUGGCCCGUCCAGCUACAGCUCCCCUGCCUACACCGUCGACCACGUGGGCCCCUACCAGUACAGCCAGUAUGGCCAGAGCAAGGUGCCUUUCAUAAUCUGAAGCUCGGCGCCUGCCGUGCUGUGAGACGCAGGCAGGAGUGGAGACAUAUCGGGGGGACGCUACCCGCCCUCGAUCCCCUCUCGCCGACUCCUCCCCUCAGCCUCCAUCUCCACGGCUCCCCACAACCCCCUCCACCCGGCCACGCAUCCACGCCUGCCCUGCGUUCGGGACACCUGAUCCGGGCUGUAGGGCUACCAGAGUGUUGUGGGUUCUGUAUUCUGGUUCAGCGUGGAUAAUGAGGUCCAAAAGGGUCACGGCACCAAACCCACACAUUUCCAAAGAACACUGAGCAUGAGCAGGUGGUGCAGGAGCGCUGAGAUGGACUUUAAAAGAGGAGAACUGGGCCCAGACUGUGCGUUUGAAGCCCGUGCCACGAAGCGUCUGAAGCAGACUUCCCUUUAAGGUCACACUUUUACUUCCAUCAGCUGAUGUCCUGAUCUGAACAUGUGAUGUCAUUGGCCUGGCCAAGCGUCUGGGGAACAUAAGGGCUCUGUUUGUGGUAUGGUGUGUAUAGCCCAAUACAGACUCUCCCCCGCAUCUCUAUGGCUUUACAGGAGAGAACCAGAAUGAAAAAGAGAGAGAGAAGGACAGAGAGAUAGAGGGAGAGGUAACCAGAGAAUGACUUGCCUAGUGUGUAUUCAUGUGUCUGAUGGUAUUUCAGGCAUAAGUGAACAGCCUGAGCGCUAGAGAAGGAGACUGUUUAACACUCAUCCAUACAGUAAACAAAGUAGACAGCAAGACUGAGAAUAAAAAACGCAUAAACAACAAAAACAUCUAAUUAAACAUCUACUAGAAGAACCACCUUUCAGUCUUGGAGGAGACACAGGAGAGACGUCUGACGUCUGCAGCAGCGCACCGACCGCAAACCGAAACCCAAAGAAAGUGCAAUAUACACAAUCUAUACCUCAUGUGAUCAGAUCUCUCCAUCUUAGAGAUCACACAUAAAUCACGGAGAGGCAAGGAGCGUUUCUCCAUCCGUCAUACAAAACAGGAAAAAAGAGAGAGAGCAUUUUCCUCAGUGGUAGCAAGUGUAGAUUGAGCUGGGAUCUGGACAAGCAUGUCUGUCCUUCCAGGACGAUGUCUGUCCUUCUGCCCGACACAGGGCUUGGAGACCCCACCUUUCUAGUCGAUAUUAGCCGUGGUCCCGUGAAGUCCUGUGAAGUGCCGUGAAGUGCCCCGUAAGCCCGUAAAACAGCAGCAACCACGAAACCAGGGGCAGAAACCCCAGAGUAUAAAUGUGGUGUUGUCUGAAACAGCAAAAAGAAAGUCAUGUGACCAGACAUCUGAUCAUGUGACCCCCUGGACAAGUAACAUACAGCUGAUGCCCUUUAACUAACAACAAACCAUUCUGUGUGUGUGUGUGUGUGUGUGGGUGUGUGUGUGUGUGUGGGUGAAAGGACCCAGAUGACAGAAAAGUUUGGCCAUUUAAGUGUCUUACCAUGAAACAGAAUUUAAAUACGAAAUGAAUGUUUUUUUUCUUCAAAGGACUGGCAUAGAGUGAACAUCGCAGUUUGUUGGCUUGCACCCCAGUACCAGCUUUCUGAAGUCUUAAAUAUCGCGCUCAAACAAUAUGAUCCAAUUUUCUUUACCUGCAUUUCUUUUUUAUACCUAUUUUUUUCUUCAGGACUACAUACAAUUGUGGGUGUCAAAUGUCUUGUGUCAGAUGCAACACUAUUUACUAUUUAUAAGAAAAACAAAAACAAAA